GCUACGGGUGCCGGAGCGGGAUGGAGCGGCGCUGAAAGGCGGCUCCGAGGCGGGGAGAAGCCGGCACACUGAGGGGGAAGGCCCCGGGGCUCCAUGGGCGGCUGGAGCUGACACCUUCCCCUGGGCACAGCGGGACAAUGAAGCUCCUGAAACCCACCUGGGUUAACCAUAAUGGAAAGCCAAUCUUUUCUGUGGACAUCCAUCCUGAUGGAACAAAGUUUGCGACAGGAGGCCAAGGAGAAGAUUCUGGAAAAGUUGUUAUUUGGAAUAUGCCACCUAUAGUUAAAGAAGAAGAGGAGAAGAAUGAAAAUGUUCCCAAGAUGCUGUGUCAGAUGGAUAACCACUUAGCCUGUGUGAACUGCGUGAGAUGGUCCAACAAUGGAGCUUAUUUGGCAUCAGGAGGGGAUGACAAACUCAUCAUGGUGUGGAAACGAUCGGGAUACAUUGGGCCAAGCACUGUUUUUGGCUCCAGCAGUAAGUUAGCUAACGUGGAGCAGUGGCGCUGUGUUUGCAUCCUAAGGAGUCAUUCUGGAGAUGUAAUGGAUGUGGCGUGGUCACCUCAUGAUGCUUGGUUGGCAUCCUGCAGUGUGGAUAACACAGUUGUGAUAUGGAAUGCACUUAAGUUUCCAGAGAUCAUUGCUACAUUGAAGGGCCACUCUGGCUUGGUUAAAGGACUAACUUGGGACCCUGUGGGAAAGUACAUUGCCUCUCAGGCUGAUGACCGCAGUCUUAAGGUCUGGAGAACCAUGGAUUGGCAGUUAGAAACCAGUAUCACCAAGCCUUUUGAUGAGUGUGGAGGCACUACACAUGUGUUACGUCUCAGCUGGUCACCAGAUGGGCAUUACCUUGUAUCGGCUCAUGCUAUGAACAACUCAGGCCCCACUGCACAAAUCAUUGAACGGGAUGGCUGGAAAACCAAUAUGGACUUUGUGGGACACAGGAAAGCAGUCACUGUAGUGAAAUUUAAUCCAAAACUUUUUAAAAAGAAGCAGAAGAAUGGAAGUUCAAGCAAGCCGAGCUGCCCCUACUGUUGCUGUGCUGUAGGUAGCAAGGAUCGCUCGCUGUCUGUAUGGCUUACCUGUCUUAAGAGGCCGCUGGUCGUUAUCCAUGAGCUCUUUGACAAAUCAAUCAUGGACAUCUCAUGGACUCUGAAUGGGCUUGGCAUUUUGGUUUGUUCCAUGGAUGGAUCAGUGGCAUAUCUGGAUUUCUCCCAGGAUGAGCUUGGGGACCCACUGAGUGAGGAAGAGAAGAGUAACAUUCACCAACGUACAUAUGGAAAAAGCUUGGCUAUCAGCAAAGAACCUCAGUUGUCCAAUACCAUCAUAGAGAAUCCAGAAAUGCUGAAAUUACAACAAAAGCAACAGACACAGCAGGAGACAGAACAAGGGCCAUCUGCAAACAGCUUUGAGGCCUCCACUCCAAAAGUGACCAGCAUGGUGAAUGGGGAGAGCCUGGAGGACAUUCGGAAGAAUCUUUUAAAGAAACAAGUAGAGACACGUACAGCUGAUGGUCGGCGCAGGAUCACACCACUCUGCAUCGCUCAGCUGGACACUGGGGACUUCUCUACUGCUUUCUUUAAUAGUAUUCCAAUUUCGGGAUCACUUGCUGGCUCUAUGCUUUCGUCUCAGAGCAAUCAGCAGCUCAUAUCCCUCGAUUCCAACACAACCAGCUCCUCAGGUAUCCCUAAAACAAGCCAAGAACCUGCAGGAAACAGCUUAAAACCAGCAGAGGAUCCAGUCAACAAAGAAAGUGGGAAUCCUCCUACCACCAGUCCUGUGGCUUCCACCAGCCACUCUGCUCCAUCUAAGAUAGAGCCCAUGAAAGCACUUGACUCCAGAUUCACUGAGCGAUCUAAAGCUACCUCAGGGACAACAGGAGUCGCUCACCUUAACCAGACAGCUGUAGACAGGUUGAAAGACCAGAAUGCUGUAAAGGAGGCAAAGCCACGUGAGCCAGAAAGCAGCAGUGACAGUGAGGAAAAGAUUCCUGCAGCCAAACCACACUCAAAGAGGAAAGGGGACGCUGACAAUGAGCUUGGGGAGAAGAGGAAGAAAGGGCGGCCGCGGAAAGACUCUUCUCGGCUCAUGUCUGUCUCUCUUACUGUGCAGUCUCAAGUGGCAUCGGCGUCAGAGAAAGAAUUAACGUGUGUGACUACUCCAGCAGUAACCCUGAAACUGCCAACCCCAGCCUGCCAGAAAUCCUUCACACUUCAAAUAAGCUCAGAUCCCUCUAUGUAUGUAGAAGUGGAGAAUGAAGUCACAUCUGUUGGAGGGUCCAAGCUCAGCCGGCUUAAGUGUCACCGGGAAGGAAAGGAGUGGGAGACUGUCCUCACCAGCCGAAUCCUGGCUGCAGCUGGUAGCAAUGAAGUGGUAUGUGUUGCGUGUGAGAAGCGAAUGCUGUCCAUGUUUUCCGGCAGCGGCAGGCGUGUCUUCCCACCCAUUAUUUUGCCCUCCCCAAUAUCCACGUUACAGUGCACGGGUUCCUAUGUCAUGGCUCUCACAGCCUCUGCUGCUCUGUCAGUCUGGGAUGUCCAGAAACAGACUAUUGUAAUAAAGGACGAGUCUUUACAACCCAUGCUAUCAGGUAAUAUGACGGUUUCCCAGACACUACUGACACAGAGGGGGAUCCCAGUUCUCAGCCUAUCCAAUGGGAAAGCAUACUGCUUCAAUCCCUCUCUUGCUUCAUGGAACCUGGUAUCUGAUAGGCAAGACUCCUUGGCACAGUGUGCAGACUUUAGGAACUGCUUGUCGUCACAAGAUGCCAUGAUGUGCUCCGGACCACUAGCCAUAAUUCAGGGACGAGCGUCCAAUUCAGGCAGACAGGCCGCUCGCCUCUUUACAAUGCCUCACCAAAUGCAACAGGAAACCACCAUGGCUCACUUAGAAAACCAGGUUGCAGCUGCCCUAAUGCUACAAUCUAGCCAGGAGUACAGACACUGGCUCCUCAUCUAUGCACGGUACCUUGUCAAUGAAGGUUUUGAGCAGCGGCUGAGGGAGGUGUGUCAGGAGCUGCUGGGUCCAGUCCAUCAUUCAGCUGGCAGCCAAUGGGAAUCACGCAUAUUGGGUCUGCGGAAGAGAGAGCUGUUGAAGGAGCUUCUUCCCCUCAUUGGACAGAAUCUACGUUUUCAACGGAUUUUCACAGAGUACCAGGAGCAGCUGGACAGUUUAAGGGACAAAUAGCAUUUCUUGGUUCACUUUUCAUACUCCUCCUUCAGUUGUUAUUUUUCUCCUUGGUGUGAAAACCUGCUGGUUAGGGGAGAACAAUGAGGCAGCUUCAACUGUGAGAAGCAAUGGUGCUAAAAGAAACUUGCAUGGACAUAUGGGGUCAGAAAAGGAGCCACAGCGCUUCCUCCCAGUCACCCCAAACCUGUUUAGCAUCCAUUAGUAUACCUUGGAUUAUUCUUUCUCCUUCGUGGUUACUGGAAAACCUGGAAGUUUGUGUUGAAAUAUUAAGAAAAUGAAUGAGAAGUUAUUGGCCGUUUCUGAAAGAAAAAGCACAGUUCAUUACUAAUACGCUUGAAAAGCAUUACCCUGUUAUUACCUUGAAUUUUGUCCCAAUGUUGAACAUGACAUUGCACUAUAUUAAUCCGUAUUUAAGAGCGCCGUUAAGCAGCCAAACUUCACUUUUGAAUAUAUGAAUAAGGCAAGUCAGUGCUGCCCCACCAAUUUAUUUUUGUACUUGACUUUGCGAACUUGUAAUACAGAUUUUCCAUUGCCCAACAAUCAAAACCUACAAGUCCAAUGAAUGUAGGAAGCUCCUAAUGAACCUGUUUAAUAUUCCUACAGCUGAAUCUACCCUCAUUCAGUUUUUAAUUUUUAAGUGUUUGUAAAAAACAAAAAGAAAAAAAAAAGUUUUUUUUCCAUUCCUUUUCUAACUACCGAAUAAAAAGAACACUUCAUUCUUAA